AUGGCCAGAUACCAAAAAUCUGGUUACUAUGACUACCUCCAAUAUUUGUCACUUCCGGUCCGCUUUCUCUUCUUCAUAGCCAUUGUGUUUGUAUUGUUGUCUUUCACCGUUUACGUAAACUAUGAGUCGGUGCUGGAGGAAAUGAUGGACAACUUGAGGAUAUGUCUAAUGGUGUUUCCCGUGGUAUUGCUCUUGUUUGUGCACUGGCUAUCAAGCGAGGACCGAGCAAGGGUCCCAUUUUACUUGUCUCUCCCGGACAAGGACGCGCUUCACAGGGUAGGAGGGUCUCCAUUAGGGGUGGCUGUGUUGCUCGUGUUUAUGGUGUUCAUGAUUUCUCACCGAACUUCCCUGCAAGAGAGAUUGUUUCCCUUGUUUACUAGACGAUAA